GCGAAAUGAUUCCCUUGCAUUGAGGGAGGCAAGCUUGCUAUAGCAUACGAAGGACGUUGCUGCCAGUGGUUUGGAAGUACAGAGAGAAGGUACUCCCUCUCUCCUCAAGUUCUUUUUUUUACCACAGUGAAGAUGGUCUCGUUGUGUGAAUGGUUGCUUGUAUACCGUGGUGGGAACCACAUCAGUUUCCCCUUUUGUAUCCUCCUCCUCCUCCUCCUCCUCUUCACAUCCACUUCCAGCACGGCUAUUGACACCGCCGCUGGCCUGGGGCUAACACCAGGAGGAAAUGGGAGCGAAAAGCAGGUCUAUCAAGAUUCAGAGCCUCUGAAUAGUACAUUAGAAUCACUGAGCAUCAUAGACGGCAAUCUCCUUCGAUAUCUUGGCGACGUGCUUGAGAGAAGAACAGAUAGAUCUGCACUAACCCGGACAAACCUCAUCCUGGCAAUUUCUGUCUCAUCUGAUGGGAAAUCUGUGUACUUUUCCGAAGAGGCUAACGUCACGGGCAACCGUGACGGUCUCAUCAGGGGUUCCGUGGUGAGGAAGGCACAAUGGACUGAUGCAGGCAACGGCAGUGGGUAUAUCAUCAGCGACGUUGCUGGGCCAUGGCCAAAAGAUGAAAAGCACCGAGAUAAAUUAGCCUACAAAGGGACAGAUGUAUCAGGCCUCCUGGUGCUAAACGACCAGGACUUGAUCGUUUCGAGAAAGUACAACAACCGUUUGUCAAAAAUUAACGUAUUCAAUGGGACUGAGGUUGACUAUUGGAAUAUUACUUUGCCACUAGGUAUAGCAAAACCCCCUUCCGAGAAUGUUUUGAUAGUCUCCAACCAAGAUCGCAUCAACAAGGUUUAUAUUUUCACUGUCCCGUCUUAUUUCUCCGAUGUCGUCCAGUCGAUAGCUGGUCCGCAAACCAACCUAUCCAUGCCAGGACACCAAGACUAUCCCACUGCAGCUGGCGUCCGGUUCCGAGACCCGUUGAUGGGCCCCCAGUCAAUCACACGUGAUGGGAGAUAUCUCUACGUUCUUGACUACUGGAGCGGAUCGCUACGCGAAGUGGUUGUCGCUACCGGCGCCACGAGGACCAUCGCCGGAGGUGCCAAUGCAACGCUUCACUAUGGGAUUCCGGAGGUGUUCAAUGAAUCAAGUAUGUGUAUUGUGACCGAAGAUGGGUGCAAUCUCCUUGUCACCGGCUAUGGGAGAAUCUACUGGGCGCCGCUCUCCUCCGUAGGAGGAGAUAUUAAGGAGAUAAAGAUAGUUGCAACGCUUCCUCCGCAGCAAGGGAAGAAACAUGGUGAUUUAAUGGCUAUGUUUCUGAUGGACGAUCAUAGUCAUCUGUUUGUGGGAACCGGCGACGGUCGUAUGUUUCAGCUCCAAGUGAAUGUCUCGGCCUUGCAUGACUGCAGUCCUUCACAAGCUGCACCUCGUAGUUUGAUCUUGAUCGUAGGGUUAUGCUCAGGGUUUGCUGUUUUCGCCUUAUGUGGGGGUGGACUUGCCUUGGUUGUGGUAACCGUGUCUCGGAGGAGGAGGAGGAGGAGGAGGGAAUCCCAACGCACCACAGCGGAUUUGAAACAGGAUCGGAAGUCGGCCAAAAACUUGCUUGGAGGGAGGGCUUCCACUGUUUCGAGUCAGACUGUCGGUUCGACAGGGUCCAGCAUGCAGACACCCAAACCCCCUGAAUCCCUAGCAAUGCUAGCAUCGCCUUCUUCCUCCCUUAUGGAGUUUUCCCUCUUGACUUUGGAGCGUGCAAUAAGCCAAGGUAGCUGCGUGACUGCUCGCAAGGGCGGGUACGGACAUGUACACAGGGCAUCCUUGGUGGUGGGAGAGGAGAAGACGGAGGUGGCAAUUAAGGUCAUGGCAGGGGAGUUCAGCGAGAUGAAACUAAGGCAAUUCAAAGCAGAAGUUACUACUCUGGGAGGGGUUCGACACCGCAACCUCUGCAAACUGUUGGGCUACUGCACAGAGGGAGACAGCUUCAUGCUCGUAUACCCUUAUAUAUCAGGAGGAUCUCUUCACAGCUACCUGCAUCCUGAGCAUUUGCGGACAAGGGACAGACUUUUCAGGACAAGUGAAGAGUCGUUGGACUACGGCAAACUGCCGCUGAGGUGGACCGAAAGGAUUUCCAUCGCUAAACAGAUAGCAACUUGCUUGCGAUACCUGCACCACGAGACAGAACGACCAAUUGUACACAGAGACGUGAAGAGCAGCAAUGUGUUGAUCGAGGGGAGAGGGAAGAAACUGCGAGCAUACUUGAGCGAUUUCGGUCUGGCAAAGCCGGGCAAAGCCGAUAGAAACGAGGGGGAGGUGAUGACUGGUCAUACGACCGUUCCCACCCAGACAAGAGCAGGGACUCCCGGGUACAUGCCCCCAGAGUACGUCUUUGAAUCUAAGCUCACCAUGUCCAGCGACGUGUUCGCAUACGGGGUUGUGCUCAUCGAAUUGCUCACAGGCUUACCUGCAGUCCUCAGACCCAGAGAAGGGGACUCCGUCCCUCUCUACUCCUGGGCAAGGCACUGGGAGGACAUUGAUCUGCUCAUUGACGAUGACUUGAAAAUGUUACUCACGCCAGAAGAGAAGGUGAUGGCUACUGAUAUCUUACUGCUGGCCUUGCACUGCACAGAUGACUCAGCAUCCAACAGACCUACAAUGCAUGAUGUAGUACAGCACCUCAAUUUAAUCAUGAAGGGAGUAUGCAUAGAUUCCAUGUCCUCUGAUGGCGACGAUGUCACCGGAACUGCCACACAGGCAGAUACCGCUUCAGAUGUUGUGGCAGUCUGAAAACAGGACCUGGUGCAGAAGGGGGGGGGGGGAUACAAAACACUUGCAGAACUGUAGCAGUUAGUACAUAUAAAAGUAUUUUGUUUCAUUUAUUGUUUUUCAUAUUUCAAUGAAUUGUAUAUGAAAUG